AUGCGCCUAGUCGCUAUCAUUCUUACUUUAGUUGCCGCCAGUAGGGCGGCAACGUUUUCGAAGAGAGCUGCAGGAGGUUGUGAAACUCAAGCUGAUGUUACAUUCGUGCUUGAUUCGUCCGACGUCGUCGGAAAAGACAAUUUCGACAAGGAGUUGGGGUUUAUAGCCGACACAGUGUCGCAAAUGGACACGUCACCCGGUAAAACUAAAGUAAGUAUAGUGACGUACAGCUCCGGGGUGUACAACCAGUUCUUCUUGAAGGAGAACCCGACCAGAAAUGAGAUUAUGCACAUCCCAUUUAGGGGUGGACGAACUCAUACGGCGGAUGCUAUUCGUUAUGUCACCCAAACAUCAUUCAACCCAGUUCAUGGGGCGCGAAAUAAUGUGCCUCAUAUAGCUGUUUUGGUGACGAAUAGUCCGUCUUCGUCCAAGCAAAUCACUAAGAUUGAAGCUCAGUCGGCGAAGGAUAAUAACAUCAUCAUGUACUCAGUUGGCGUCGGCAGUGGCGUCGACAAGGACGAGUUACAAGCCGUCGCCAGUGAUCCCGACUCUCGUUACUUCAUACAAACACAGAAUUAUGGUGCUCUCGGAACGGUCUCUGGAUCUCUAGCCACCAAACUCUGCAAUGAGCUCCCAAUUACAACAGCUGCUUUACCAGCACCGACAAGUUGUCUACACAAAGCAGACCUGGCAUUUCUGAUCGACUCAUCAACGAGUGUUGGGCCGGGAAAUUUCCAGAAAAUGGAAAACUUCCUAAAGCAGUCCAUCUCCAAAUUGGACCUCGGUCCCGACAAAGUACAUGUUGGUGUGAUGCAGUACAGUAGCUACCCAAAUAUGGCGUUUCCUUUAAACAUGUACACUGAUCGAAUAGACGCUCUCAAAGCCGUGGAAAACAUCAAUUAUAUGUCUGGAGGUACUAACACAGCGGACGCCAUUAAAUACAUGCGCGAACAGAUGUUCUCAUUGAACAGUGGCGCACGUGGAAAUGUUCCUCGUAUUGCCAUCGUAGUAACUGAUGGUGGUUCUAUCAACAGUGCGUCCACAACAUACCAAGCUGAUCAGGCAAGACAAACCAAUAAUAUUGGCCUUAUCGCCGUUGGAGUGGGAAACAACGUCAACAAAAAUGAACUUGAUAAUAUUGCUAACAGUCCGGCAUCACAAAACGUUAUCACAGUUGGCAGUUAUGACCAGCUGGACCAGAUCGUUGACCAGCUGUUGGCCAAGACAUGCUCAAUUAGUCCUACCGUGAAACCUAUGGUUACAGCUGCUCCAGGUGGUACCCUCCCACCAGAUACAUGCGUUGAUAAAGAAUCCAAUUGUGCAGGCUACGGCAAGAAAGUGUGUACUGAUUACGCACCCUGGGCCCAGGACCACUGCGCUCGCUUCUGCGGCGUUUGUCAACCUAUGUACACGACCCCUGCCGCUUGUCAAGACUCCCUGGCAACCUGUUCAUCCUACGGACUUUCUGCCUGUACACAGUUCCCAGAAUGGGCUAAUGCGAACUGCCAGCUUUUCUGUGGAUUAUGUACAGGAACUUUGAGUUCCAGUGGAUUCUAUGGUAAAUGUUCCUACAAGGGCCAGUCAUAUCAAACCGGUGCCAAGUGGUCCGACGCCUGUGACUAUGAUUGUAUCUGUGAGGAUGGAAACACUGGUCGUUAUAAGUGCUUCAACAAAUGCCCAUUGUACCAUGGUCUGCCUAAAGAUUGCACUCUGAUUAAAAAGGAUGGAGAAUGCUGUUUACAACCUGUAUGUAACUUCCAUCAAACAAUACAGAAAUUUGAAAGCACAGGAAAAGGACAGACAGCAUCAGGAAUAAAGGUCUGUGUCGCCAGUGGUAAACAGUAUUUCCAAGGUCAGACGUGGGAGGAUGGCUGUUCAAAACAAUGUGUGUGUGCUAAUGCUACAGAGGGACUUUACACCUGUGAUGCCAUAUGCCCAUCCUAUAACAACAUUCCAUCUAACUGCCAUCUGGACCAGAAACCUGGUGAUUGUUGUCAGAAACCAAUCUGCGAGUAUGACCAACAGCAUGGAAGUUUCACUGGAGUUGGCACAGUCAGUGGACAAGGACUAGGAGCCAACCCAACAACUCCACUACCUUGUAUUGAUCGUAUAAAUACAUGCGCUCAGUAUGGAAAAGAUGUUUGUACCAAUUUCCGAGACUGGUCCACGGACAACUGCAGGAAGUUCUGUGGUAUUUGUGGUGGAGAGCCAACCCCUAAUUCACAAGACAAAUGUGUAUAUCAUGGUCAGUCCUAUGGACAGGGCCAGUCUUGGACCAUUGGUUGUGACACACAGUGUACUUGUGAGAAUGCUGUGUAUGGCUACUACAGAUGUGACAACACUUGUCCAAAAUACAACAAUCUACCUGCCGGCUGUUACGAGAGCAAACAUAACACAGACUGUUGCACCACUGUUCGAUGUGACUCUGGCAACUUCAUAGGUUCUACCACUGAUCCCAACUCCAUUGGGAGUGGAGGUCUGAUUCAUGUCCUUAACCCAACUGGUGGUCAGCAAGUUGUGUCACCUACCCAGCCAUCUGGAGCUACUGUAGCACCUGGAGCUGGAGGCACAGGAUUUGUCGCCCCAACUCUAAAGGGCUGCCUGUUCAAAGGUCAGUUGUAUGUACAGGACCAGACUUGGGAGGAUGGCUGCAGCUAUUCUUGUCAGUGUACAGACAGCACAAAGGGAGUCUAUUCCUGCAGGCCUAAGUGUCCGAUGUACCAGAAUCUUCCAUCGUCAUGCCACAUGGAGACUGAUGCCAAUGACCCAUGUUGCCAGGCACCCAGGUGUCGAUAUGACCCUAUAACAGGAAGUACUUUUAUACCUAUCCCAUCAUUCCAGCCAGCGGUACAAUACCAUGGAUUGGUGAGACCACCAACUGUUGGAGAAUUGUACAACCAAAAUGAAUACACUGGGAGUGUUCUGAUCUUCGGGACUAACCUCACACCUGCCCCACCCACAGAAAGAGCAAACAUCACUGGAGGAAUAGGUCACUGUGUGUAUCGGGGUACACUAUAUAGUCAAGGUCAGACCUGGGAGGAUGGUUGUGACUAUAACUGUGUGUGUGAAGACUCUAGGAGUGGACUGUACAGAUGUAUUGAAAAAUGCAACCACUUCGGAAAUCUGCCACAACCAUACUGCUACCUCAAACAAGAUCCGUCCAAUCCUUGUUGUAAAAUUCCAUAUUGUAACUUUCCAAUCAAUUAUGUAACCAACACUGGAUACAUCAGUACAGCGAAACCUCCGUCUGAUCACUGUGAAUACAAGAAUACCAUCUACAAACAAGGCCAAUCCUGGUUUGAUGGCUGUGAUUACAAAUGUACCUGUGAUGAUGCUCUCUCAGGAGCCUACAGAUGCCUCACAAGAUGUCCUACGUUCAACUCUAUCAAUGCCAGCUGUACAAUGGUACCAGAUCCCAACGACCCUUACUGCUGCAGAAUUCCAAGCUGUCCAGCACAAAACACAACUGGCACUGCCACACAGAUCCCCACCCCAGCACCUACAGGCUACUAUUCAGGCUAUCAGGGUGCCAGCAUUGGAAAAUGUAUAUACAAAGGAGAUAGUUAUGUUCAGGGUGAUACCUGGUCAGAUGGCUGCGAUUAUGAUUGUACAUGUGUGGAAGCAGGCAAGGGACAUUAUGAGUGUACUGACAAGUGCCCCCAAUACCCGGGUCUGCCUUCUAACUGUCGUCUGAUCUCUGACUUUACAAAACCUUGCUGUAAGAGGCCAGUGUGUGAUGGCCAGACAGGGUCAGUAGUCACUGGUGUCAAUCCUGUCAUUGGUGGAACUACAGCGGCACCAAACCCAAUACCAACACUAGCACCCAAUGCUCAAUUCUGUGUUUAUGAGAAUGCUCAGUACGUCCAAGGUCAGGAAUGGGAGGUUGGCUGUCAGUUCAGGUGUAGAUGUGACGAUGCCAGUAGGGGAGUCUAUGUCUGUAAUGAAAGGUGCCCACAAUAUAACAACUUGGGCAGUGAAUGUAGUUUGGUGGCAGACGUUAAUGAUGCCUGUUGCCUUGCACCACGGUGUAUAUUCCCACCAUUGACUGGUAAUGCCACAGGAGGCCUCACUCCAGAUCAGAUCCCUACUGCCGCUCCAGGAGUCAUCAGUGGAAGCAUUAAUAUACCAACACCAGCACCUGUCCCCGGGGGUUCUGCAGUGGCCCCACCUCUUCUUACGUGGUGCGAGUACAAAGGAGCACGGUAUGGUCAAGGCGAGAAGUGGUAUGAUGGCUGCGACUACCAAUGUGAAUGUGUGACAGCAUCAACAGGCAAAUUCAAAUGUGUUGAAAGGUGUCGAAGAUAUUUGAAUCUUCCUGCACAGUGCCGUCUAGUGAAGGAUCCUGCAAACCCUUGUUGUAAGACUCCAGAAUGUGACUUUCAGGGUGUGACUCAAGGCAUCACUAACUUCCCAACCCCUCCUGUUGGCCCGACUUUAGGACCCCCAGGUCCAGGAGUUGGUCCUACUCUUGCACCUGGCCCAGGUUCCUUGCCAACUCCAGCACCAACACCAUUAGAUACAUGUGUGUACAAGGGGAAAAACUACAACCAAGGCCAACAGUGGUAUGAUGGCUGUGACUUUGUAUGUUAUUGUGAAGAUGGAUCAGCUGGUGUCUACAGGUGUAGCGAGAGAUGUGCUGCCUUCCCAAAACUACCUGCCAGUUGCAAACUUGUGCCUGAUCCUCAGGAUCCUUUCUGCUGUGAGGUACCUGAGUGUUCCUUCACUCCUUCAAAUGGCACAUAUUCUGGCUACGGCUACCCAACUGCUGCUCCUGGUGUGAUUACUGGAGGUAGUGUUGUGAAUCCUACACCGAGACCCAACGGCGUGCCCACAGCUCAGCCCAUCCCUGGUGUGUCUACAGUAGCCCCAUCGUUAGGACCUACAUUCAAAGAUGUAUGUGUGUAUAAAGGCCAGCAGUAUACACAGGGCCAGAAGUGGGAAGAUGGCUGUGACUACAACUGUGAAUGUGCUGAUGCCAAGACAGGAUUCUACCAGUGUUCUGAACGAUGCUCAAGGUUUGUGAACCUGCCCGCUGGAUGUACUCUACAGAGGGACUACCUGAACCCAUGUUGUAUGAAACCAUAUUGUGUCCUCAAACCCACACCUAAACCUGCAGUUACUCCAUCCUUAGGACCUGGUCAGACUCCAUCACCCCAGCCCAACACAUCACCUAAUCAAGUGUGUAUAUAUAACGGUGUGCCAUUCACGCAGGGACAGUCCUGGUCGGAUGGGUGCGAGCUGAAGUGUGUAUGUGAAAAUGCCACUACAGGAUACUUCAGAUGUAAUGACAGGUGUCCCCACUACGAUUUGACUCCAGGCUGUACAAUGAUCACUGACCCACGGGACUCGUGUUGUGUAAGACCAUAUUGUGACCCUAGAAUUACACCCACGCCUGCUCCGGCCAUCCCAACUGCCCCAGGAAUCCCCGGACAGACCUACACUCCUCUGCCUGGACAGACCUAUGCACCUGGCCUGUACCCAACACUACCUGGAGGAAUAACCCUUAUGCCUGGCAUGAUGAUUACUCCUGCACCUGGACAGACAUAUGCUCCUGGUUUGUACCCAACCCUUCCAGGUGGUGCCACUCUAGUACCACCAUUAGCCAACACUCCCUAUCCAGGCUAUACAUCUGCACCAAUACCUACUGCUCCCGGAGUACCAGGACAGUUGUAUACACCUGCCCCAGGGAAAACAUAUGCACCAUAUCUGUAUCCAACAGUUUCAGGUGGACAGCCGCUUGUACCUGGAAUGGUUCUCACUCCACAGCCGGGCCAGACCUAUGCUCCUGGACAGACUUUGAUUCCUCCUCGGAUAUACACACCUUAUCCUGGAUUCACAUAUGCUCCACCAAUCCCAACUGCUCCAGGGGUACCUGGACAGACCUACACACCUGCUCCAGGUCUGACGUAUGCACCUUAUUUGUACCCAACAAUUCCAGGCGGACAAACUCUUGUACCAGGCAUGAUCCUGACUCCACUUCCUGGCAAGACCUACGCACCUGGUUUUUACCCAACAUUACCAGGUGGUGCUACCUUAGUACCACCAUUUGCUGGAUACACAUUUGCACCAAUUCCCACGGCACCAGGUGUUCCAGGUCAGACAUACACACCUUCUCCAGGACAAACAUAUGCACCAGGACUUUACCCGACUGUACCAGGUGGACAGACGCUUGUGCCUGGCAUGAUGCUCACCCCACAACCAGGGAAGACAUACGCUCCAGGACUCUAUCCUACGCUUCCUGGUGGAGCAACUCUGGUACCACCAUUGGCAUACACACCAUAUCCAGGAUAUACAUUUAGUCCACCAAUUCCCACUGCUCCUGGUGUUCCAGGACAGACAUACACACCAUCACCAGGUAAAACAUAUUCCCCAUGGCUUUACCCAACUGUACCAGGAGGACAAACCCUUGUACCUGGUAUGAUGCUCACCCCACAGCCGGGCCAGACCUACGCUCCUGGACUCUAUCCAACGCUUCCUGGAGGUGCUACGUUGAUUCCACCUUUUAAAACAACACCUAUUCCUACUGCUCCAGGUGUGCCAGGCCAAACCUACACUCCUGCUCCAGGACAGACCUAUAGCCCAGGACUCUACCCCACCUUACCAGGGGGCAUCACACUUGUCCCAGGCAUGAUGCUUACACCACAACCAGGAAAGACAUUCCCUCCAGGAAUUUUGCCAACUCUACCAGGAGGAGUAACAUUAGUGCCUCCUUUGGCAUAUACACCUUACCCUGGUUACACUUUUGCUCCACCAAUUCCUACUGCACCAGGUAUCCCUGGUCAAACUUACACACCUUCUCCAGGACAAACAUAUGCUCCAGGGCUCUAUCCGACCAUACCAGGUGGACAAACCCUUGUACCUGGCAUGAUGCUCACCCCACAGCCGGGUCAGACCUACGCUCCUGGACUUUAUCCCACCUUACCUGGUGGCGCAACUCUAGUGCCUCCAUAUGCACCUACGCCGUAUCCAGGGUUCACUUAUUUCCCACCUAUACCAACAGCUCCAGGAAUACCAGGACAGACCUACACGCCUUCCCCAGGCAAGACCUUUGCACCUUAUCUAUAUCCAACAGUACCUGGUGGUGAGACACUGAUGCCGGGAAUGAUGUUGACGCCAGAACCAGGUGUAAUGUACCAGCCUGGCCUCUACCCAACACUUCCUGGUGGUGCAACACUUGUACCUCCUCUAGCUAGCACUCCAUACCCUAAAUACACCUAUGCUCCACCUAUACCUACUGCUCCUGGAAUAAUUGGACAGACAUACACCCCAUCACCAGGAAAAACAUAUGCCCCAGGACUCUACCCAACUGUACCAGGAGGACAAACCCUUGUACCUGGUAUGAUGCUUACGCCAAAGCCGGGCCAGACCUAUGCUCCUGGACUCUAUCCAACACUUCCUGGAGGAAAGACCCUAAUACCACCACUUAUGUACACACCUUUCCCAGGAUAUACCUAUGCUCCACCAAUACCAACUGCCCCUGGAAUCCCAGGACAAACAUACACACCUUCACCAGGAAAGACCUAUGGACCUGCAGGAUUCUACCCAACUCUUCCAGGCGGACAAUGGCUUGUUCCAGGCAUGAUCUUGACUCCUGCUCCUGGUCAGACCUACCCUCCUAACCUGUACCCAACAUUACCAGGUGGUGCUACCUUAGUACCACCAUUUGCUGGAUACACAUUUGCACCAAUUCCCACGGCACCAGGUGUUCCAGGUCAGAUUUACACACCUUCUCCAGGACAAACAUAUGCACCAUAUCUUUAUCCAACAGUACCAGGUGGUAUACCACUUGUACCCGGCAUGAUGCUGACUCCACAACCAGGGAAAACGUAUGCCCCAGGACUAUACCCAACACUCCCUGGUGGUGCAACUCUUGUACCACCUAUGGCACAAACUCCAUACCCAGGAUAUACAUAUCCUGCACCAAUACCUACUGCUCCAGGAGUACCAGGACAGUUGUAUACACCUGCCCCAGGGAAAACAUAUGCACCAUAUCUGUAUCCAACAGUAUCAGGUGGACAGUUGCUUGUACCUGGGAUGAUUCUUACUCCACUGCCGGGCCAGACCUAUGGUCCUGGUUUGUAUCCAACCCUUCCAGGUGGUGCCACUCUAGUACCACCAUUAGCCAACACGCCCUAUCCAGGCUACACCAAUGCUCCGAUUCCCACUGCUCCAGGUAUACCAGGACAUACCUACACUCCUUCUCCAGGUAAAACUUAUGCACCAUACUUGUAUCCAACAAUAUCAGGUGGUGAGACCCUUAUGCCAGGAAUGAUUCUGACCCCACAACCUGGUGUUAUGUAUCAGCCAGGCAUGUACCCAACUCUUCCAGGAGGUUUCACACUGGUACCUCCCCUGGCUAACACUCCAUAUCCAGGAUACACAAAUGUACCACCGACACCUGUCGUCACCCCAUCGCCUUAUCCUGUACCCACUGCUGUUCCUGGUAUCUUUGAAGGCAAAGGAGUAAACGGACAAGGAAAGGUGUGUAUGUAUGGAGGUGUAGCAUACCAUCAGGGAGAGAAAUGGCAGGAUGGCUGUGCUUACAAUUGUGAAUGUAUUGAUGAGUCUAUUGGCAGAUACAGGUGUAAAGAAAAGUGUCCUUUGUUCCUCAAUGUACCAAGCUACUGUCGCCUCGUGGUGGACCCUAAUGAUGCCUGCUGUAAGGUUCCUCAGUGUGUGGAGCCCACUCUGCGCCCCACCCCUGCUCCUGAACAGGUCCCUGGUGUAUCUCCCACCCCACAUACUGGACCACAGACCAUUGCACCAACGCUGAAAGAUUUCAUUAUUUGA